GCUAUUUGAGCGCAUGCGCAAAUUGCCUUAGUCUUUUUUUUUUGGUACUGCGGCGCGAAGAGCCAUGAGCAGCAAAGUCUCUCGCGACACCCUGUAUGAGGCGGUGCGGGAAGUCCUGCACGGGAACCAGCGCAAGCGCCGCAAGUUUCUGGAGACGGUGGAGCUGCAGAUCAGCUUGAAGAACUAUGAUCCCCAGAAGGACAAGCGCUUCUCGGGCACCGUCAGGCUUAAGUCCACCCCCCGCCCUAAGUUCUCUGUGUGCGUCCUGGGGGACCAGCAGCACUGUGACGAGGCCAAGGCUGUGGAUAUCCCCCACAUGGACAUCGAGGCGCUGAAGAAACUCAACAAGAAUAAGAAGUUGGUCAAGAAGCUGGCUAAGAAAUAUGAUGCCUUUUUGGCCUCAGAGUCUUUGAUCAAGCAGAUUCCACGAAUCCUGGGCCCAGGCCUGAAUAAAGCUGGCAAAUUCCCUUCCCUUCUGACACACAAUGAAAACAUGGUGGCCAAAGUUGAUGAGGUGAAAUCCACAAUCAAGUUUCAGAUGAAGAAGGUACUGUGUCUGGCUGUUGCUGUUGGUCAUGUGAAGAUGACAGAUGAUGAACUUGUGUAUAACAUCCACCUGGCUGUCAACUUCCUGGUGUCAUUGCAGAAGAAUUGGCAGAAUGUCCGGGCUUUGUACAUCAAGAGCACCAUGGGCAAGCCCCAGCGCCUGUACUGAGGCACAUCCUAAUAAAUCCUAGUGCUACCA